CCAGGGGGUGAAGGUGGGUGUGGGUAAGUAGGAGGGGCAAUUGCCAGCAUGAGAUGACGCACUGCCUCUCUGGGAACCACUAGGCGUGUGCUGAAGCUGUCAGAAACGAGGAAGAAGCCGAUUGUGGGGAAGACGGUAGGCCGCGGUCACCUGACUCAGAAACGGGCAUGUCAGAGGAGCAGCCCCAGGCCUCCUCUGGAGCGCUGCGGGAUGUAGGGCGCGGCCUCGAGAAUCUGCCCAUCAGUUUGUGGCCCGAAGGGGAGGAGCCGGUGUUUCAGGUACCGCACAGAGUGCGAGCCGCACGCGCACGGCUCCGCCCUCUUCCUGUCCUCUAGCGCCACCUAGCGAGAACGUGGGCUCUCCCCUUCCCCACCUUCGCCUAUGCUCCUUACUCUGCUCUAUAACCUUUAAAGGUCCCACCGACACGGGCUUUCUGCUGGUAUCUUUCUCAGCCCCCUGAGCGUGUGGAGGCACCUGCCCCUCCCUCCUCCGUACUGGAUCUUUGAAUUGUAGGGAAUUUCAUUAUCUAAAGAAACCAGCAUUUGUUAGGUGCCUUCGAUGUGCCGGAGACUGUGCUGAGUACUUUACACGCAAGGGAAAUUUCGGUGUCGUGAAAAGAAGACAAAUAAAAAUUCAUUUGUAAAUUAAAAUAAAAGUACCCCGGGCACAUGAUUAAGUUCUCCAUCUUUAGAAAAAUAGCUUUCUCCCCUUCUUUUCUCAGAAAAGCUCUAUUUCCUCUCAAGAUCUGACUUCUGACCUCAUUAUUCAACUGAAACUACUUCCUUCAAAAUUAAUGCCAACAUUAAAUGCCAGAUUUAAUUACCUCAAUGCUCAUUCUGUUUAACCUUCCUGCAAUGGAGCUUCCAUUAACAAGCUCCUCCUCCCGGAUAUUCUCUCAUCAAUGGGUUUUUGUGACCCUGGUUUCUCUUGAUUCUUCUCUUAGCUGUCUGACCAAUUCUCAGAUUCUUUUGCUGGAUCCAACUUAACUGUGAAUGUCCCCUAAGUUCUAUAUCCUGAGCCCUCUAAUUUUUUUUUCUCUAUAUACUCUCUAUAUUUGUGCUCAAAUAGUGUUACUGUGCAGAUGAUUUCCAGACCUAUUUAUCUUACCUUAAUCUUUCUCAUGUGUUCCAGCCUCAUAUCACCAACUGCCUGUUGAACAAUUUGAACUGGAUGUCCUAUUAGCAUCUACAAUUCAGCAUGUCCAAAACAGAACUCAUUAGCUUUUCCCCUAAACAUUCCCCCUUUGCUAAGUUUCUUAUUACUUUUGAGACACCACCAUAAUUCCAGUCACUCAGGUUUGCAGCCUCGUUGACAUCCUUGAUUCCUCUCUCUCCCUUACUCUACAUUAAGUAGCCAAUCAUUUACCAAAUGUUAUUAUUUCUUUCUUUACAAUAUCAACAAUGUAUAUCCCUGAUACAGAUAAUACCCAGGUUCAGGCCCUCAUCACUGAUCACUUGGGCUAUUGUAGCCUUCUAAUAGACAUCUUGGCCUCAAGUCUGACAGUGUCACUCUCUUGCUCAAUAAAUUUAGUGGCUCCCUGUUAGCACCAGGAAAUAAAAUUCCCUUGCUUUGCAUUUAAAAUUCUUUCCAACAGGUCUUCUGCCUACGUUCCAUUUGCCUCUUACAUUCUCUUCUGCCCCAUCUCUUCUAGGAUCCAGCCUUCCUUGGCCUCCCUUCUGUUCCUCACAUGGAGCACACCAUCUCUCAUCUCUCUCCCUUUAUACCUGCUGUUCCUGAUGCCUGGAAUGGUGUCCAUCUCAACCUGCCCAACUCUUAGACUCUUUUACUCCCUUUAUGAUUCUGCUUAAGUAGCACCUCCUCUGGGAGGCCUAGCCUGGUCUCCUUCAGCUGCUGGUACCAUCCCCUCAAAAGUUACCUUCCCUCUCCUUGUAUAUCUUAUGUGUUCUGGUUUAUCUACAUGGGCCCUUUUAUUAGACUAUCAGCUUCUUGAGGGCAGGUACUGUUUUUUGCUUUUUAUUUGUAUCUCUAAUACUUAGCACAGUGUCUGUCCAUGGUAAGCACUUAAUAAGUGCUUCCUGACUGAUUUACAAAUAUUAUUCCCUUUUGCUAAUGAAGAAACUGAAGCUCAAAGGUUAAAUCACUUACCCAGAGUUACAUGAAGACUUAGGAAUGGACUUAUAAAAGACCCAAAUAGGCAUUUUAUUCUCUCUAUACUUAAAACCACUUACAUGUGUAAGGAAAUUGACUACCUCUUCCUUUUUUCUCAAUAAAUACUAGUCAGUGGAUAGUGCAAAUUAACUUCGCCAUUAUGUAAAUAGCUUGAACAAUUCUGUACUUUCAAACAUGUUUUCUCCAAAUCAGACUGGUCAGGUGUGCCCUUAGAAGAAUGAAGACAAGAAUAUAACUCCUAGACAAAAAUAACUUUACCAGUUUCCUUUUAGGUUUUGUGUGAGAAAGUGAAAUAAAACAUUGACAUCCUUAAAUUGGAAUCAAAAAACCAUAAUGCCAGAGGCAAUUGAUGAUUGAAAAUGAAACAAAACAAGCUCAUUAAUUUUGUUCAGUCAGGACUUAAGUGGCUAUCAUUUCUGCUCUCUGAAACCAACUUCAAACCUGAUUUUUAAGAUCUCAGAACAGGAAUAAUCUGGCUCCAGGCCCCUCAUAGCUGCCUUUAGCAAAAACAACUUCAUGGGGCGAAAGGCCAAGUACAAAGCUUCUUGUAGUUUCUGUUUCAGAACAACCAAAAAAGGAAGGAAGCCUUUUUCACAGCCAUGUCUCUGAAAUCCAGGAGAAGCCAAAGGCCUUAACCUGGGGAAUGUAAAAUAUGACAUUCUUAAAGCUGUUGUAGAACAAUGAGAGCAGCAGUUACCCAGUCUGACAAGUUCUUGCAGAGCCCUCCUAUGCUUUGCACUCGGUUAUUGUGAUUAUUACAAUUAAGGAUGCAAAACAAGAGUCUUGAGACUUCCUUGCCCAUAAGAACCCAUGAAAUCAAUGGAGAAUAAGGAACAAGAUAAUUUAAAUGCCAACUGCAAAUGCCGAAGAGCCUAAGAAGUGUGGGCCCACCUAACCAGGGAUUUGAACUCGGUUCUUCCUGACUAAAUGUAGCCCUCUCUCCACUAGUUCUCUCAUGUCCCUGAUUACUGAACUUCAUCUCUGCCCCCUAGCCUGGCUGGCUUUCCUCAAGUCCCAACUAAAACACCACCUUCUUCCAGAAGCCUUUCUUCAUCCCGAAAACACUGAAGCCUUCCAUCUGCAGUACACUCCUGAACCGGUGAUGGGUCCUGGAGCAGAAACUGAUCCCACCCAGAUAACCUUUCCCGGAUGCGCUUGCCUCACUGCGUCCUGCCUCCCGGCCGCUUGUUCCUGUCUCCUUCGUGGGGAGAAUUACGAUCAUUCCUGCCUCAGAGAUAUAGAGAGUGAAGUGGAGUUUGCCAGACCGAUGUUUGAAUGCAACGUCAUGUGCCAGUGCAGUGAGCAAUGCGAGAACAGAGUGGUUCAAAGAGGUCUGCAGUUCAGUCUCCAGGUGUUCAAGACUGAUAAGAAAGGCUGGGGGCUUCGCACCCUGGACCUCAUACCCAAAGGAAGGUUUGUUUGUGAAUAUGCUGGUGAGAUUUUAGGAACUUUGGAGGCACGCAGAAGAAUACAACAACAAACAAAGCACGAUUCAAAUUACAUUAUAGCCGUCAGAGAGCACAUAUGUAACGGCCAGAUAAUAGAAACAUUUGUGGAUCCUACCCACGUAGGGAACGUCGGCAGGUUCCUUAACCAUUCUUGUGAACCAAAUUUAUUGAUGGUCCCUGUCCGUAUUGACUCGAUGGUGCCUCGAUUGGCACUUUUUGCAGCCAAAGACAUUCUGCCAAAUGAAGAACUUUCUUAUGACUAUUCAGGAAGAUUUCAUAAUCUCACGAAGAAAAAUGGAAACCAAGAAAUGUCAGAUAAACACAAAAUAGGGAAGCCUUGUCAUUGUGGUACCAAAUCAUGUGCUGCUUUCUUGCCUUAUGACAGUUCACUGUAUUCACCCCUAGAAAAUCCAACCACUCAUUAAAGGACCAGUUAAAAAAGUAUGCCGUGAGGCUACCUACCAUUAGUAGUAAGCAUACAUAGUCAAAAGAAUCAUUUCCAAAGUUAUAACCAAGUAUAACAAGGCAAAACAAGCAUAACAACAAAUACAAGAUUGAUUGUUUUUUUUAUUUCAAACAAUUUCAUGAUUGAGAAAACAAUUGUAUUUCCACAUCAUAAAAUGAAAAUAAGCUUAUUACACCAAAAAGAGAACUCAGGGAGUCCCUAUUGAACCGUGAGCUUUCUCUUCCAAAGUUCUAGCCCUACUGUGGCACAGAGUGAACUCUUUGGGAGUAUAGUGUACAUCCUCCAAGUUCAAGAUACUGCAGGGCUCUGGUACUCCUUUGCCAGGGCACUGACUAGUAAAACAGACCCAAGGGCUCCAGAUCACAGAAAAGCUCUGUCAACUCUGCCUUUGCACACUGGGCAUUUCAUGUCCUAGUAAAAAUAUCUGUAUUUGUUUGUUCCUCCUUAAAGUUCUACCACAAUGGCUCUUUUAAGGCAGCAAGCUUUACUAACUGCUUGCCAUGUGCCAGGCACAUACCACAUGUAAGAGGCCAAGGAAUGGGGAUGAGGAUGCUGUUAUGAGGUGCCCAGAAGAGAAGGCCUGGGAAGUAUCUAGAGUCUCUGUGUCCUGGAAAACAAUGAAGACCUGAACCUCCUCCUUAAAAUGGAGAUCAUGGACUUCCAAAGAGAAGAGGCUUUUAUGGCACGAUAGACAAAGGUCAGGAUCCAUCCAGAACCCAGUCUGGAGGAGAGGGAAGAUGAGGUUGACUGGGCCUCCUUGGACUAUAAGCUGGAGGCAGCCUCAAAGGCUACGAAGGAGAAGCACAAGCCCUACCAGGCCCACGGGGUUGGGGCUGGCAAUAACUCGGCCGUCUGUGGUCCAAGGGCCAUCCUCACUGAAAGAGGCCUGACCACCAAUGGUUGUCCAGUAAGUGAUGAUGUUUCUAACAUGGCGACUCAUCCACAGGUCCAUCUUCACUGGCAAAAGGAAUACUCACACUGAUAUUACACGUUUUUCAUCCUCUCAUGCAUUCAUGUUGACUCCGUGGACCUGGAACUAGAAAUCAAACAGGGUACGGAAUGAGUGAAAGAAACCAAAAAUUCAUUAAAUAUAGUUGGCUAAAUGAAUUUCUUCUAAACAAGAA